CCUCCCCUCCCCCCGCUUCCUUUCCUGGGGGGGAGGGGGGCUGUCGCCCGCGAUUGAAGGCCAUUGAUUUGUAUGUCUUGGUCCCAGCGCCGAGGCUGCCCGAGCCGCCCGCGCCGGAGCCGCCGCUGCCCGCGGAGUUGCCUCCCUGCUUGCCGAGGGUGGUGCGGCUCCAGCCAACAUGUCGGCUCCGCUCGGGCCCCGGGGCCGCCCGGUGGCCAUCCCGGCGGCCUCGCAGCCUCCUCCGCAGCCCGAGAUGCCGGACCUCAGCCACCUCACGGAAGAGGAGCGGAAGAUCAUCCUGGCCGUCAUGGAUCGCCAGAAGAAAGAAGAGGAGAAGGAGCAGUCCGUGCUCAAGAUCAAAGAAGAACCCAAACCACAACCGACACAGUGGUUUCCCUUUAGUGGGAUCACUGAACUGGUAAAUAACGUUCUUCAGCCCCAGCCAAAACAACAAAAUGAAAAGGAGCCCCAGACAAAACUGCAUCAACAAUUUGAAAUGUAUAAGGAACAAGUAAAGAAGAUGGGAGAAGAAUCUCAACAGCAGCAAGAACAGAAGGGCGAUGCCCCAACCUGUGGUAUCUGCCAUAAGACAAAAUUCGCGGAUGGAUGCGGCCAUAACUGUUCUUAUUGCCAAACGAAGUUCUGCGCUCGUUGUGGAGGUCGGGUGUCAUUACGCUCAAACAAGGUUAUGUGGGUAUGUAAUUUGUGCCGAAAACAACAAGAAAUCCUCACCAAAUCAGGAGCAUGGUUUUAUAACAGCGGGUCUAACACACCCCAGCAGCCGGAUCACAAGGUUCUUCGAGGGCUUCGGAAUGAGGAGGCUCCUCAGGAGAAGAAAGCAAAGCUACAUGAGCAGACCCAGUUCCAAGGACCCUCAAGUGACUUAUCUGCGCCUUUAGUGGAGAAAGCGCGAUCUCAUGGACUCACCAGACAGAAUUCUAUUAAAAAUGGGUCAGGAGGGAAGCACCCGAUCGCCAGUGACAUUCCUUCAGACAGGAAAAGAAGUCCAUCAGUGUCCAGGGAUCAAAAUCGAAGAUACGACCAAAGUGAAGAGAGAGAGGAGUAUUCACAGUAUGUCCCUUCAGACAGCACAAUGCCUAGAUCGCCAUCAGAUUAUGCUGAUAGACAAUCUCAACGUGAACCUCAGUUUUAUGAAGAACCUGAUCAUUUAAAUUAUAGGGAUUCUACCAGGAGAGGCCAUAGACAUUCCAAAGAGUAUCUUGUGGAUGACGAGGAUGUGGAGAGCCGAGACGAGUAUGAAAGACAGAGGAGGGAGGAGGAGUACCAGGCGCGCUACAGAAGCGAUCCGAAUCUGGCCCGGUAUCCCGUAAAGCCUCAGCCCUAUGAAGAACAAAUGCGGAUCCACGCGGAAGUGUCCCGAGCACGACACGAGAGAAGGCACAGUGAUGUGUCUUUGGCAAAUGCUGAACUAGAAGAUUCUAGGAUUUCUCUGCUAAGGAUGGAUCGAUCAUCAAGGCAAAGAUCUGUCUCUGAACGGAGAGCUGCGAUGGAAGAUCAACGAUCCUAUUCAAUGGAAAGAACUCGAGAGGCUCAGGGACACAGUGCUUAUCCACAAAGGACCACAAAUCAUAGCCCCCCCACUCCCCGGCGGAGCCCUAUACCGGUCGAUAGACUGGACAUGCGGCGCGCCGACUCUCUGCGGAAACAGCACCACUUAGAUCCCAGCUCUGCCGUCAGGAAAACGAAACGGGAAAAAAUGGAAACCAUGUUAAGGAAUGAUUCUCUGAGUUCAGACCAGUCGGAGUCAGUGAGGCCCCCGCCACCAAAGCCUCAUAAAUCCAAGAAAGGAGGUAAAAUGCGCCAAGUUUCGCUGAGCAGCUCCGAGGAGGAACUGGCGUCCACACCAGAGUACACGAGUUGUGACGAUGUUGAGAUCGAGAGCGAGAGCGUGAGUGAGAAAGGGGACAGUCAAAAGGGAAAAAGAAAAACUAGCGAGCAGGGAGUUUUGUCGGAUUCUAACACCAGGUCUGAGAGACAAAAGAAAAUCAUGUACUGUGGUGGCCACUCUUUGGAAGAGGAUUUGGAAUGGUCCGAGCCCCAGAUUAAGGACUCUGGGGUAGAUACCUGUAGUAGCACCACUCUUAACGAGGACCAUAGCCAUAGUGAGAAGCACCCUGUGACCUGGCAGCCAUCCAAAGAUGGAGAUCGCUUAAUUGGUCGUAUUUUAUUAAAUAAGCGUUUGAAAGAUGGGAGUGUACCUCGAGAUUCAGGAGCAAUGCUGGGCUUAAAGGUCGUGGGAGGGAAGAUGACUGAGUCAGGGCGGCUUUGUGCGUUUAUUACCAAAGUGAAAAGAGGAAGCUUAGCUGAUACCGUGGGACACCUUAGACCAGGUGAUGAAGUUUUAGAAUGGAAUGGGAGGCUAUUGCAGGGAGCCACGUUUGAGGACGUUUACAACAUCAUCCUAGAGUCCAAACCUGAACCCCAGGUUGAGCUUGUUGUUUCAAGGCCGAUUGGAGAUAUACCUAGAAUACCUGAUAGCACACAUGCACAGCUGGAAUCCAGUUCUAGCUCAUUUGAAUCUCAAAAAAUGGAUCGUCCUUCUAUAUCUGUUACCUCUCCCAUGAGUCCUGGCAUGUUGAGGGACGUCCCGCAGUUCUUGUCUGGACAGCUUUCAAGCCAAAGCCUUAGUAGAAGAACAUCGCCUUUUGUUCCUAGGGUUCAGAUAAAACUAUGGUUUGACAAGGUUGGUCACCAGUUGAUAGUCACCAUUCUGGGUGCAAAGGAUCUCCCUUCCAGGGAAGAUGGGAGGCCACGGAAUCCUUAUGUUAAAAUUUACUUUCUUCCAGACAGAAGUGAUAAAAACAAGAGAAGAACAAAGACAGUGAAGAAAACACUGGAACCCAAAUGGAACCAGACCUUCAUUUACUCUCCUGUCCACCGAAGAGAGUUCCGGGAACGGAUGCUGGAGAUUACCCUUUGGGAUCAAGCUAGGGUUCGGGAAGAAGAGAGUGAAUUCUUAGGAGAGAUUCUGAUAGAACUGGAAACCGCGCUGCUAGAUGACGAACCUCACUGGUACAAACUCCAGACCCACGACGUCUCUUCAUUGCCCCUCCCUCACCCUUCUCCAUAUUUGCCACGAAGACAGCUCCAUGGGGAGAGCCCGACACGCAGGUUGCAAAGGUCGAAGAGAGUGAGUGACAGUGAGGUGUCCGACUAUGACUGUGAUGAUGGCGUUGGGGUCGUGUCCGAUUAUCGUCACGAUGCUCGAGACCUUCAAAGCUCUACAUUAUCAGUGCCAGAACAAGUGAUGUCAUCAAACCAUUGUUCGCCAUCAGGGUCUCCUCAUCGAGUCGAUGCUAUCGGAAGGACUAGGUCAUGGUCACCGAGUGUCCCUCCUCCACAAAGUAGGAACGUGGAGCAGGGGCUGCGAGGGACACGUGCUCCUGGUCAUUACAAUACGAUUAGCCGGAUGGACAGACACCGGGUCAUGGAUGACCAUUAUUCUCCAGACAGAGACAGUCAUUUUCUUACUCUCCCUCGCUCCAGAUACAGUCAGAUCACUGAGCAUCACCACAGGGAUGGAAGGGAUUGUGAAGCAGCAGAUAGACAGCCAUAUCACAGAUCCAGAUCAACAGAACAGCGGCCUCUCCUAGAGCGGACCACCACCCGCUCCAGAUCCUCUGAACGUCCUGAUACAAACCUCAUGAGGUCGAUGCCUUCAUUAAUGACUGGAAGAUCUGCCCCUCCUUCACCUGCCUUAUCGAGGUCUCACCCUCGAACCGGGUCUGUCCAGACAAGUCCAUCCAGUACUCCUGUAACAGGACGGAGGGGCCGGCAGCUGCCACAGCUCCCACCCAAGGGAACGUUGGAGAGAAGUGCUAUGGAUAUAGAGGAGAGAAAUCGUCAAAUGAAAAUUAACAAAUACAAACAGGUAGCCGGAUCAGAUCCCAGACUGGAGCAAGAUUACCAUUCGAAGUACCGAUCAGGAUGGGACCCACAUAGAGGGGCAGAUACUGUUUCCACUAAAUCCUCCGACAGUGACGUAAGUGAUGUAUCUGCGGUGUCCAGGACUAGUAGUGCUUCUCGUUUCAGCAGCACAAGCUACAUGUCCGUCCAAUCAGAGCGGCCGAGAGGAGACAGAAGAAUCAGUGUCUUUACAUCCAAAAUGCAAAGCAGACAGAUGGGCGUGUCAGGGAAGAGCAUGACCAAGAGCAGCAGCAUCAGUGGAGACAUGUGCUCACUGGAGAAGAAUGACGGCAGCCAGUCGGACACCGCCGUGGGCACCUUGGGGACCAGUGGCAAGAAGCGACGCUCUAGCAUUGGGGCCAAAAUGGUAGCUAUUGUUGGUCUCUCCCGGAAAAGCCGCAGUGCGUCUCAACUCAGCCAAACCGAAGCAGGUGGUAAAAAGCUCCGGAGCACUGUCCAGAGAAGCACGGAAACCGGCCUGGCGGUGGAGAUGAGGAACUGGAUGACCCGGCAGGCCAGCCGGGAAUCCACAGACGGCAGCAUGAACAGCUACAGCUCCGAAGGAAACCUGAUUUUCCCUGGUGUCCGCUUGGCCUCUGACAGCCAGUUCAGCGAUUUCCUCGAUGGCCUGGGCCCUGCUCAGCUAGUAGGACGCCAGACCCUGGCUACUCCUGCGAUGGGUGACAUUCAGGUGGGAAUGAUGGACAAGAAGGGGCAAUUGGAGGUGGAAAUCAUUCGGGCUCGCGGCCUUGUUGUAAAACCAGGUUCCAAGACACUGCCAGCACCGUAUGUCAAGGUGUAUCUAUUAGACAACGGAGUCUGCAUAGCCAAAAAGAAGACGAAGGUGGCGAGGAAGACCCUGGAGCCCCUGUAUCAGCAGCUGUUGUCCUUCGAGGAGAGCCCCCAGGGGAAGGUGUUACAGAUCAUUGUCUGGGGAGAUUACGGCCGCAUGGAUCACAAAUCCUUCAUGGGAGUGGCCCAGAUACUUUUAGACGAACUGGAACUGUCCAAUAUGGUCAUUGGGUGGUUCAAACUCUUCCCUCCCUCCUCCCUGGUGGACCCCACCUUGGCACCUCUGACAAGAAGGGCUUCCCAGUCAUCUCUGGAAAGUUCCACUGGACCUUCUUACUCUCGCUCAUAGCAACCGUAAAACUGUUGUCACCACUACCAGCGACACACACGGAAGAAAACGCACAGGUCGAAAGCCCUGGCAACACUGCAUGCUUAAUGUUGUGUCCUUGGAGCCCACACCUAGGGCUCCAAAGCGAUCCUGUGUCCUCAGAGGGGGUCGUCCGCACUGUGCCCCAGCGAAGGCCCUCAGGUGACGGAGCAGAGCUGUGAAGAACUGUCGGGUUUGGAGUUCAGUGACACUCGAGAUCCAGUCCAAUCUGAAGCCAUGGAUUCAUCUCAAAGAAUCAGUCAGCCCUUUUCAAUGGCACCUUUAUAUUUUUAUCGUUUUUCUUCGUUUCUCUGACCCCAAAGCCUGUUACGCCACAGAAAUGGAGCUCUACAGCCAUUAAGCCACACUGCAGGCCAAGGAGCAAAGUCUAGGAAGUGUCAGGUGGAAAGCAAGAGACCAAAGAAGUGGCCGGGAGCAGAGUCGGCUCCGGCAGGGAGACUGGGAGACUGGGGAGCUCCGGGAGCAUGGCGUUCGCUGAUGCGGCCGUGGUUGGACUCUGGAAAUCUGAAGUCUGUGACUGCACUGCACUGGAUGAAGUCAAAGAAACUUCCCUGCAUGGACACAGAUAGCUGAAUAUUUAAAUUACUUUCUCGGGGCUGCAACUUGCAAAAAAAAUAAUAAAAUAAAAUAAAAAUCAGCCAUUUUCAACAAUUUAUAUUAUUUUUAAAAAUAAAUUUCACUAGUGCAUGGUUUUAAAAUGGGAGCGAAUGCAGCAGGGUGAUACCAAGACACACCAUGUUUAUUCUCUACUCUUAGUCUGUGUUUUGGCAGACAUUACCAAUGGAAAUACUUUCUAGCAGAUACUGAAAACCCUCUUUAUGUGACAAUAGUGUAAUAUACUCCAUUUAUUCCCAUGGUACAUAUACAGAUCUUAUGAAGUUCAACGUGUGCAGGUUUUUCACGUCCUUCCUCCUCUUCUCCAUCUCACUUUUAACCUCCUCUUUCCUUUCUCUCCUCCGGAGUGACCCUUACACUAAAUCCCUGCAAGUCUUUGACCUGACCCCAUAUUUGGUUCAGAGCCCAGAUGCAUCUGAGUUGGUGAAUUUCUCACGUCUGUUCGGGAGCUCUCUUUAUCUCAGGCAUGUUGAAGGAUCCCACAACAUGACUGGCAUAUAGAGCAAGUCAGCACGUGUUUGACAAAGAGGAUGUCUGAACAUUCGAAGUUUAUUCAACAGUGUAUGGGAAUUCUCUUUUCACCUCAAAACCUCAGUUCCAGGACCCCUAAAGUCAUGUGGCGUCGUCACGUCUCACGGAUUUGUUUUCAGCACCAGCAUUAUCCACACGGGGGUUAAGCAUUGUUUGUAGGCCUUAGGUUUUAUUUGUUUUCUAAUUCGUUGGAACAGUUUCUUUAGCUGAUUUCCAUUUACUAUGUGAAUAGAAACACGGCCGACUAUGUGGAGCCCUGAAACACAGGGCUGUUUAUUAAUUCAUUUUUCUGUAGGAAAAUUCAAUUUUUCACAAAGUAUAUUUCUAAAGAAAUAUAGUAAACAUAAAUUUGCAAGAAUUUUAAAGCUCCAAUAUUUGGGUGACUCCAAGUCAAUAUGAUGCCUCUUACUAGUUAUCCGAUGCCAUCACCAAACGUCUACACACAAACCUUCGAGGCAAACGGCGCCUUUGGUCUACGGGCAGUUUCUACCACUGAGUGGCGCUGCAAGGUCCAGUUUCUCUCCAGGUCCCUAAGAGAGGAAAUGUCACUGGUCAUCAUAAGUCACCCAUCCUUCCCGUUCCUUACGUAGGCUUUGGUCCCACGCCCUUAGAGAUUGGUGUUAACUCCUUGCAAUGAUUUUCUGAAAUCCAUCUCCAUCCCAUUGGUUUAAAUGGAGGCCAUGCACACAGGAAUGUUUUCUUUGUUUCUCUUUUCACAUCCAACGCUGACCAUUGCAAACCGUCAUGCUUGACACGGUGCAGAAGUUGAAACGAGCUGUCACUCACAAUGCCUUCUCUUUAUGUGGUGCAACAUGAGCUAGCUACACCCAGACCGUGUCUUGAUUUUCUGAGACCUAGGACAGAGCCAGGUGAAGGUGAGGUAAGAAGGAGCACGGUGUGAUGAGACAGUUUAGACACCUGUGUACCAGCAGCGACGUGGGUGGAUAGACCUGUAGCAUCUUUGUUCUCCCUUACCGUGUUCCUGACACUAAAAUGCAGUCACGUGAUCUUUUCUGCAUAUUCCUAUACACAUUAUUUCUAAUUUUAAUAAGAAGGACUUGACUGUGGAAUAUUUGUACAUACUUGUCAUUAUGUAGUAUUUAUUUUAAAGUUGGUUACCUUUUUUUUAAUUUUCACAUGUCUGCACCUCUAUGGCUCCAUCGUGUAAAUAGCACUAUGCCAGUGACCGUUGCUGCCCUGUAUAUAGAAUGUUUUCAAGUAAAGGGAAUCCCAGCUGCGGGAGAAUGGGGGGAGGGCAGAUUAGGCCUGUAACAAAUACAGACUGAUGUAAAUCCAAUUCAUUCUGGUGAUGGUAUUUAACUCUUUCAAUAAAACAUUUUCUUU